AUGCCACCCGCGGCUGAGCGCGUUGAAAGCGGUGCUUCGGGGCUUGAAAACAUGGCAGAGGGUGCUGCUUUCGCAGCAGCUGGCUUAACGUUGGGAGAAGAAAUCGUUCACAAUCGUCCAAGAAGCCAAUCUGCUUCCCCUCGUCCUACUGAAAAAGCCCUUAAUGCCACCCCGAAGUCCCAAAGUAGACCCUCCUCCCCUGAAACAUCUCGAGACCACACCCAAUCUCGACGGAUGUCCAUCAACCGCUCGACUGAAUCGCCAACCGCAGUGCCUUUGCACUUCCGCCGACCCCCAACAUCUCCUAGCCUCCAACGCUCGAUACCUGCUGAGUUCCCUAUAACGCCUGGUUCUUCAGGAUCUCCACCUCAAUCUCGCCAUCGUCGCCCCAAAUCUGUUGAGUACUCUGGUGAAAUGCGCCCAAUGUACCUUGUUGAGCAGUAUGGUGCAUCUAAGACAGAGCCAGAAGUCGACGAACAACUUCCAUCCCUCCCAUCCAGCAAGACUUCCUCUCGCGCUCCGUCCGUUGAAAACCUCCGAUCAUUGCAUGAUGAAGAUGCCGUUCGAAGCUGGGAGCCACUUGAUCCUACUCCGCUUGAUUCUAGUCGGAGACCUUCAGAUUUGACGAUUUCGACUGAACGUGCGAAUGAAUACGAAGAUCAGGACCUGCUCGGCUCUCAACAAGCAACGCCUACAGCCGAAGACUUUGGUGAGAGUCUCGAGCGUGCCAAGAAGCAAAAGCAAAAGCCCGAGUUCUAUACUCUUGAGGACUUAUUGGAAGAGAACCCUGAUAAGGGUCGCGAUGUUCCUCCUUCUGAAUCUACGGAGGCCCCCCCUUCCGCUUCAGGAUCAGUUAUUGCCGUGAAAGACCUACCGGAAGAUAUCGCUACUAUUCAGGAACAUGACCGCGAUAUCACUGUUCAGCCGGAGUCUGUUCAUGAGGAGACCUCUGAAGAGAAGCCCUCCGAGAAUACUGCAACUGAGCUCGGACUUGCUGGAAUCGCUGGUGCUGCUGCCAUCGCUGCCGCCGAAUCCUACGAGGAAGCUCCUGAAUCCACGGACAAGGAGCUGCCGCAGUCCACCGAGCAGCCAGUUGCUGAUGAAGCUACUGAUUUGCCGCCUGCUUCCGGCGAUAAAUCACUCGAUUUCUCGGAUAUUGCCCAUGAUGCUGUCGCCGAGGAGUUAGGCGAGCCUGGCGCCACAAUUGAAGAGCAUCCUCCCCAGCAACUUGAGCAUCAAGAAUUACCGGUGGACGCUGAAGCUAGCAGAGAAUUAGCACCUGAAUCUUCUGAACAGCCCGUUGAGCCUGUCCAGCCUGAGACAGUCGAAGAGGCAGUUGUUGAAGAGGCCAAGGAAUCGAAGUCUCAGAAGAAAAAGAAAAAGAAGGCAAAGAAGAAGCAAGGUAGUGAGAGCGUUGAUACUCCUGCUGAGGCUUCAUCGGUUGGCGAGGAACAAGCUACUACCGCCGAUAUCCCCUCUACAGAGCCUGAAGCCGUUCCAGCUGUUGAGACAAAAAUUUCGGCUGAAUCUCAGCCCGAGCUCACUGCUUUGGAGACUUCUCGAGAUAUUGAUGUCGAGUCUGUACCCGUUAUUCAUACCGAGGAGCAUGCUGAGGCCCCCGCUGUAGUGGACGAACAGCCCCAGCCUGAGCCCACCUCUGUGGAAAGGUCAGGAGAUAUCAAUCUUGAUUCCGAUAUUGUUCCUCCCAUUGAAUCCGUGGAAGCUGCCGCUAUUGCUACUGAGGAUCAGCCGCAGCAAAUUCCCGACUCCAUCACAUCUGCUCCAACCCAAUCCGAUGCACCGGCCGAAGCUGAAGUUGCUGCGCCAGAAGUGAACGAGGACGAACAGGACAAGGACACUCAGGGUCUUUCCAAGAAGGAAGCACGCAAGGCCAAGAAGAAGAACAAGAAGAACAAGAGCGUUUCUUCACUUACUCAGGAUGAGAAUGUGUCUGCCGAUGUGGCCGAGAAGACCACCGACGAAGCAGCUGUUCCAGCUACCGAGUUCCAACCCCAGCCAGAAGAAAAUGCUCCUCCUGAGGUCCAAGAAGACGCCGAAGCUAGCCGAUCUCUUGAGGCUCCAGUUGUGGAUGAGUCUGCAGAGAAAGAAAUCCCUGUCAGUGAUGCCCCUGCGCAAGCUGAGGAAGACUUUUCCGGAUUCCAAGAAGCUCGCGAGAUUCAGGAAUCUGCAGAGCCUGUUUUCGUUGAGGCAAUUGAGUCCUCUGAACCUAUCCCGACAGUAGAAAUUGAAGAACAGAAACCAUCAGAUGAGGUCACAGCACAGCCAGAGGAUGCCCAGCCAGCUUCUGCCCCUGCAGAGACUCCCCAGGAAGCCGCCGAAACAGAUGAAGAUGCCUUUGAGGAGGCCGUUGAAGAACAACCCGAGGUUCCAGAGGAAAAGAAUGAUAUUGAACCUGAACCUUCUGCUGAGCCUUCCGCCGAACCUGUGACCGAAGUCAUCCCCGAAGCUGUCACAGAAGCUAUUCCUGCCUCCGAGUCCCAGGAAGCUCAUCCCCAAGAGCCAUCAGAGACACAUUCGAAGAAGAGCAAGAAGAACAAGAAGAAGAACCGGAAGUCUGUUGUCUCCGAAGGAAAUGAAGCUCCUUCUGAAGAGAAGCCAUCUGCCGAGUCACAACCCGAGCCCGACCAAGCUACCAGAGAAAUCGACCUUGAACAGCCAGCGACUACCGAGCCUUCUAACGAUGAAACUCCGAUUGCCGAAGAAAUCCGCCCCUCUGAGCCCGAAGAGACGACAAGAGAUAUCCCAGAGGAGGUCCCUGAGCAAAUUGAGGCACCAAAGGAGCCUGAGGUUGUGCCAGCUGCCGAUGCCGAGCCAACGCCCGUUGAACCUGUAGAGCCCGCAACAACUGUCGUGGAAAAUGAAGUUCAGUCUGUUGGGAAUGUCGAGGCUGAAGCUGAACCCGAAGUUCCUUUGACAGCUGCGCAAAAGAAGGCUGCGAAGAAGGCUGCCAAGAAGAAGGCGAAGCAGCAGAGCGUUUCCUCGAUUCCGGAUGAAGAUAAAACAGCGGAAUUUGCGCCUGCUGAUCCUUCUGUGCACCCUAAUUUCGCUGGGCCUACUGAGUCAACCGAACCCGCUACCGAGUCUGCCGAAAUUGCUCCUGAGAUUGUUACUGAAGCUGCUGUUGAGCCUGCUGUUGAGUCUACUGAGCCGGUUUCUGAGUCUGCUGAAUCUGCUCAGCCAGCCGAGGAUCCUCAGCCCACCGAGCCUACAGAGUCGGAAGCCCAACCUAUUGAGCCCGAUACUCAGCCUGUCGAAUCUGAGGCCAUGCAGCCUGCACUGACAGAAGCUGCCGAGACCGAAGCUACUUCAACCGAGCAGUUGCAAGAAACAGCUGCCUCGGAAGGACUCUCAACGGAGACUGAGCAACCCAAGGAGCUGGGCCUCAAAUCAGACGUUCAUGACCCUGAGCCCACCGUAGAUGCCGUUAAAGAGGCCCCUGCCGAGCCGGCCGAGAGAGAGGCUGUCCAAGAGGUGACUCCGGCGCCACAAGAGACACCAGAAGUUGAACAGUUGUCCGACGAGCCACCGCCUGGUUUAUCGAAGACCCAGAAAAAGAAGUGGAAGGAGAGGCAGAAGAAGCUCAAACAGCAAAGUGUAAGCUCUGUCCCAGAGGACUCGAAGCCCACUGAGCCUGAACCUGCUCCCGAGACCGAAGUAUCUGAGCCAAGCAAAGAAAUCGAAGCCCCUGCAGCUGAGCCGGCCAAUGACGUUACUGCUGAGUCCCACAAAAAUAUUGAGCCUUCUAUCGUUGAAGUCCAAGUUCCCGAGGAGACUCCAGCGCCCGCAACUGAGAACGAUGUAGCGGUGCCUGAGCAGGACGCUCAAGUGACGACUGAUGCUGAAACCCUUUCUGCUGAUCUUGAAAAUGUCGAGUCUACGCGUGAUAUCGUACUCGAUGAGGUAACUAGCCCAGCUGAGACGGCCCAGGGAGAAGAAGAGAAAGGCGAGCCAUCUGAGACUCAACAGCCUGCAGAUGACGCUACCCCGGCGCCCGCUAAGGAGGUCGCCUUUGCCACCGAAGAGACUGAGCUAGCAAAGGAUGAACCUGUAUCUACACCUGCAGAGUCUGAGCAACCCGUUGAGCCUGAGCAACCCGUUGAGCCUGAGCAACCCGUUGAGCCUGAGCAGUCUACCGAGCCUGAGCAGCCAAAGUCUGCAGCUGAAAAGAGGAAGGAAAAGAAGAAAAACAAGCGGAAGUCCAAGCAAUUGGAGGCUGAGACUCCCAUCGAAGCUGAAGCUUCUUCUGAACAGACUGCCGUAGAACAAGCAGAUGAAAAAACCGCCGAUGUUGAUUCUUCCCCUCCCAUCGAGGUUCCUGCCUCGGCAGAUGACGAGGCCCUCAAUGUUGACGAGGCCCUCAAUGUUGACGAGGCCCUCAAUGUUGACGAGGCCCUCAAUGUUGAUGAGCCCUCAAUUCCAUCGGAGACUGAGCCCAAGGCUGAGUCUGAAGAAAGCCAAGAGGUGCCCGCUGUCAACAAGGAAGUCUCCCAGCAGCCACCAACCCAGGAUGUUCCUUUGGAUACACCUGAGCCCGUUUCUGAACAGACAGCAGAUGUUCCCCUUGAGUCUUCAGCUACUGAAUCUGGCGCGAUUAAUGAGAUUCCAGACGAGACUACCAAGGAGCCUGACACCACCGCCGAAGGAUUCCCUGAGCAGAAGCCCUCUGAAGAAACGAACGAUGUGGAAAAAUCCAUGGAUGAGACUCCCAUUGCUGAACCCUCUUUGGAACUUCCUGCUGUGGGUGAAGAGAGUACCACACCUACAGAAUCUGCGACUGUUGCGCCAGCCGAGGAAGCUGAGUCUACUUCUACGAGCUCCAAGAAGAAGAAUAAGAAGAAGAAGAAGAAGGAACAAGCUGCCAGUGCGGACCAAGAUUCGCAAACCGAAUCCCAGCCCCAGUCUCCAAAAGCAGAGGAGCCUCAUACUGAGCCACUCCCUGAACCAUCUGAGAAGCUUGACGAGUCAAACAUAGAUGAAGGUCAGAAAGAAAUUUCUUUAUCUGACCAGCCAAGCACCGAGACCACAGAACCGGAUAUUCAGGCAGCCUCUCAGGAAUUGAAGGGCAGUGAACUUCAAGAGACUCCCAUUGGUAAGCGGGCCCGGGAUCCCAUUGUACAUGAAAUUAUGCUGAUGUAUGAUGUUAUAGAAGGAACAGAACAGCUCGACGAGGCAAGCCUAAAUGAUGCUCUACAAGAAACGUCUACAGCGGACCAGCCAACUAGUCAGAUCGAAGAGACAGAAGCCCAAGUUAUGUCCACCAAAUCAAAGAAGAAAAAGAAGAAGGACAAGCGCAAAUCUGUUUCUUUUGAGGAUGGCACUGAUAUGGCUCAGGCCGAGGCAAAGGCCGAGGAGCAGCCAGCAGUCGAGUCCACUGCUCCCGCGGACAGCACUGAAUUACCGGAAUCUGUGUCUGUUGAGCCCACUCCAGCCCUAGAAGCGACCGAGACACCCGUCAAAUCGGAGGAGCUCAAAGGACCCGUCGAACACUCUCUUGGGCAAGACACACUUGAGACCAGUCCGGCUCAAAGUACAGCAGAUGAGGCCCCCAGAGACAUUUCUGAGGCUUCUGAGGCUGUCGAAGCUAUCCACGCGACCUCCGAGCCAGAAGAAAAAGAGCAGUCUCUGCCUGAGCCUUCCGUCGAAGAGAUGACUAAGGAGCCAGAGAACAGCCCCUCGACUGAAGUCCAAGUUGAUGAGCAGCCUGAUAGUGCUGAAGGCCCCGCAACUCCAGCUGCUGAAGCCGAGGAGGAGGAAGAGGAUCCCGAAUGGGCCAAUUUAUCAGCCAAGGAGCGUAAGAAGCGCAAGAAGCAGAAGGAGAAGGAGCGCAAGAAGAAAGCCAAGUCUCUGGAGUUGACCCCAGAAGAACCUUCUGCUCCUUCUAAGGCACCCGAGGAACCAGAAAUUGCUGCUGAGCCUCAACCUGACAAUAACUCUCAGCCCGCUGCAAUCGAGGACAUCCCCGCCGACGAUAGCCAGGUGCCCAAGCCAGACGACAACCAAGCUUCUGAAGCCCAGCCCGAGGAUAUUUCUACCGAGCAACAACCAGAGGCAGCUGUCGAGCCCAAUGAGACUGAGGUAUCUGAGGCUGCUCAGCCCACUGAGCCCGAGCCGACAACCAUAGAAACCGAAGAUGCCGGCAAGGAAGAGAUCGCCGCUCCAAAAGAAUUGGAAGACCCCCAACCUCCCGCCAAGAAGGAAAUUGAGCCUUCGACCGAAGAAGCGGGCGCUUCUGAACCAACUACCGAGGCGGAACUCGAUGUUGAAAUGACCGCCGAGGAGCGACGUAAAGCUAAGAAGGCCGAAAAGAAAAAGAAGCGAAAGUCCAAGAAUGUCAGCGCCGAAGAAUCUACAACCGAAUCGCCUGCCGAUGAGUCGACGACCUCAGCACAAGAAUCAACCUUGCCCGCGACCACAGCAGCUGGUGCCGAAGCCGUUGCCCCCGAAACAGCCUCUACGGAGCAGAUUGCACCCGAAAUGGCUCCCUCGCCCGCGGAAGAUGACGGUAAAGACAUUCAGUCCCACGACACACAAAUGCCCGACUUACCGGCACAAACAUUGACUUCGACUGAUGACAUCGUAUCUUCGCAGGUAGAGCAGCGGCAGUUAGAGAGUCGUUCUUCAGAUUAUCCUCCCCCUCCCGUGCUUGAGCGUUCAAAUGAUUUUGGCGAUGUGAGUGAGUCUGCUGUGAAAGAGGAGGGUGUUGGUGUUGCUCCUGUGACAGAGGAGCCACAAAUUUCAGAGGAAAAGGAGGUUGGUUUUGAUGUUGAUGCUACGAAGGAGAAUGUUGAAGAAUCUACGGUAUUGGAGGAGACCGCAGAAAAGGAAACUGAUAGAAAUGUUGAUUUGAAAGAGAUGCCAUCUGCACCAGAAGAUGAGGUGGCUGAGAAGGAAUUAAUACUUGAGGUGCCCCCCGAGGCGCCAGUUGAGACCCCCGUUGAGACGGAAGGAGGAACCGUUACGCCUGUUAGCGGCGAAGCAAUUCCCGCCGAGGAGUCCGAGAAGUCUAAGAAGCAGAAGAAGAAAGAUAAGAAAAAGAAGAAGAAGGUCCAAGAAGGGGUGGCAGAGGAGGAGCCUCUUACCCAGCCAGAAUCACCGGCUGUCACCGAAGGCCAAGAAGCUGUUCCUGAACCAUCCCAAGAGCUUGGAGCCGAGGAAGCAGCUGAAGUCGAGCCGGUGGCCGCUGUCGAGGAGCCCGAAGCAGUUGUUGUUGGUCAGACCGAAGAAACCAACGACGCAGCUGAGCCCAAUGUAGCUGAAAAUCUCGACCUUUCAAAAGAGAUUGAAGCUACUGAGGAACAGCCAGCUUCUUUGGACGAGCCCCUGCAAGCCGAAUUGGGGAGGAAGAUGAGCAAGAAGGAGAAAAAGCGUGCGAAGCAACUUGAAGCACAGGCCAAGGCCCAGGAAGAAGAGCAAGGUGAAGCGGCUGAGCGAUCUCUAGAUACUGAGAUUCCCGAAGCUCCUGCACCAGUGCAAGAAGAAGCAGCAGUCACGGAGCCAGUAACUGCCGACGAAGACCCCGUUCAGCCUUCCGAUAGUGCCGAGCGGAUUCCUGAAACUGUCGAAUCAGUUGGUGCCGAAGAGCAGGAAACAGCUACCAGCAAUGAAAUUGAAGCCGCGGAGGUCUCCCCAAAGACACCUGUACAGGAUGCACAAGAAGAUUCUACCACAGAUGCCCCGCAAGAGAUAGCAGUUGCGGAACCUACCGCAGAGGAAUCUGCUGAUGAAUUCAAAGGCCUGAGCAAGAAGCAGCAGAAGAAAAAGAGAGCCGAGAAGGCUGCCGCCGCCGCCGCCGCCGCCGCAGCUGCCGUUGCUGUCGAAGACGAUAAACCCUCUGAGCAAGAUACUGCCGUCGAGGAGCCUACCACAGCCGAUAAAGCCUCCGGACCGAUCGAAGCAUCAGAAGAUGUCUCGACCCCUGCAGCUGAUGACGAUUUACGACCUCAUUCAGUGGAACGCGAUCUUGAGGAGCAGCUCGAGCCAACCUCCAACGAACCUGUUGAAGAUACUGCCGAGAGGGAAAUUGAAACCAUCGAGCAACCAACAGAGGCUACGGAGGAGUCAAGCGCAAAUCUCGACAACGUGGUUCAAGAAGACGUCUCUGUCGAGCCCGAAACGCCUGAGCUGUCAAAAAAGGCAAAGAAAAAGGCAAAGAAGAAGUCUAAGCAAGAGCCUGUUGACCAGGCGGGCCCAUUAGUUAGUGAAGAGUUGCCUCAAGCUACGGAUCUAGCCAUACCCUCCGAGAGCCUUGACGCCACUCGCGACAUCGAGGCGUUUGGUGAAGACGAGGCAAGCAAAGCCGUCAUCGAACCUGAGAUUGAGACCCCAGAUCAGGGAGAGUCGACUGCUCGGUCCCUUGAAGAGCUAGAGGCCCAGCAGCCAGAGCUUAUCGAGAAGCACGAAUCUACCGUCGCUGUUGCUGAGCCUGAAGCAAACAAGAGUGUUACUGAGACACUUGGACAGGAUGUCUUCCUGGAAGAAAUACAGAAGAGCGAGGAUGAGGUGCCUCAGGUACCGACUCCGGUGGAUGGUGACCUCGAAGCAACCGAAGAGGCACCACAGCCAGAAGCAAUUGUACUUGAUCUAAAGAAGAUGUCCAAGAAGGAACUGCGAAAAGCCAAGAAGAAGGGUCUCAUUUUGGAACCUUCCCCAGAUAAUGAUGCUGUAGAAGACAAGGCAGCUGAGGUCGCAACGUCCGAGGCAGUUACAAGCGUUGAGGCAUCUCCCACCGAAGAAUUACAAGCCGCAGUCGAUCCUCAGCACACGCAAAUACCGGAGGCGGAUCCUCUGCCCAUAGAUGAAUCUCCCGCAGAGGCUGCUCAGCCAUCCGAGGCUGUGGGGUUCAUUGACAAGGAAUUCGCGGUUGAAGAAACCGAUCUGAAAGCUCCAACACUACGUGAGCCAAACCAGGAGGACGAAGAGUGGCCUGCGAUCGAGUGGGACCACAACAAAUCUGCCAACGCUGAGCCACUCUUUGAUCAAAUUGUCGAGGUUGAGCCUGAAGUGCCCAACCCUGUUCCCGAAGUCAUUGAGGCCUUCGAUGAAAAUGCCAUCCCCUCAGAACUACAGGAAGCAAAUGAGCCGGAGGUUGCCGUUGAGCAGCCACUUAGCAAGAGUGCCAAAAAGAAGGCCAAAAAGAACAAGCGCAAGUCAGAGCAAGCAACCCCGGCAGAGUCUGAAGAGUCUGCCCAGGAGCCAUCUCAUAAGAAGGUUGACCUUGCCUCCGAUUCCCAUCCUGAGCCGGCAAUCGAAACCCCAGCGCCCAAGGAGAUUGAGACCGAGCCUCCUGCCAGGACUACGACUCCCGGAGGCUCUACUAUUGCCAACCUUUUCCCCGACAUACCCCGCGCAGGGUUUCGCCUGAAACGAUCAACACCGUCGGUAAAAGAUAGUGCUCAUGAAGAGAUGACAGCGGACUUGGAAGCGAAUCGCGACAUUGCGAUCCCCAUCUCGGAAGCACUCCCCAACGCUCCUAUUAACACCAAAGAAAUCGUUGAAUAUAGCGCGGAGGCGCCUUUGGAAGCUACAAAGGACAUUGAUUUAUCAAUGGAACAGGAUACCCCUCCAGCGGAGGUUCCUUCUACGGAAGAACUUACACAGGAGCCAGAGCUUCCCGAGCAUGACGAGCGUUCCUUGGAAGAACCCUCAACUACCCCUAUGCACUCCACCUCAAAAGAACGAUCUUCUACACUAUUUGGCUCAUCGCCUUCUACUCGAACCGAAGAGUCAUCUUCUCCCCGGCAUCUCCUGCCAUCACAAAUGGAGACUGUCGCUGAAUCUCCAUGUGGAUUACGCCGAACUCCCUCCGUUGUCCACGGGCGACACGAAGAAACCCCCCGAACUUGGAACUUGGAAGAACCGACCAUCGCAGCCGUGCGGGCCCCUUCCCCAUCCCGGUCACUGUUCGGAGGUCCGUAUGGAGAUGACUCGAUUUCGCGACCCCGGACUCCGCUAGACACGAUUGCGGAGCAAGAACCAGCCGCCGGGAGCAAAUCGACCAUGGCUCAGCACGGGACGCCCCGUCUGGAGAUCAAGCCCGAACAUGUUCUUCCACCUUCACGAUCACCUGUACGACCUGUCACCCCCGUGCGGAAAUUUACAGAUACUUCUCGAGACCGAGAGGCAUGGCCGACACCGGAAAAUGAACAAGCUCGUCGCAGCCAAGAUGACCUUUCUCGAAGCCGAAGCUCUGGCGACUCCCCAAUUUUAAAAACACCCGAGCAAGGCAUGCCUGUUCUAAAGCCUAGCGGUAGCAAGGGAAAACUACGUCGCACGAAUCGGAGCACGAGUAGUGAUCUGCGGGCGGCUAGUCGUGCGCUAGACGAUUCCCAGCCUCCCCCAAAUCUCGAUCUCGAUCAACUUCCUUCUUCUUCCUCUUACGACCCCGUCACCGACAAGGGCAAGCGUCCCCUACGAAACAUGUCGGAUGUCUAUGAGGGUUGGGGUGAGACGCCCAGUUCCCCGCGGUCGCCCAGCCGACCGCCUAGUGUCCGCCGUCGCCGCAGCAUGCAACACUUACAAGAUAUCGAGUCCCGUCUCGACCAACUCAUUUCAGAAAAUAGAUUGCUCGUCGCUGCUCGUGAUGAAGCUGAAGACAGAUUGCGCAAUGCUAGCGUCGCUCGCCGAAAGAGCGACCAGGCUCUCAACACUCGUGGCGCCGACUUGCGGGACAAAGAAGCCGAGGUGGAACAACUAAAGAACUCGGUGGACUGGCUACAAAAAGAAAUGACCCGCCUCACCCAGGAGAAUGAAGGCCUGACAGCAUCCAAUGCCGCCCUCACGGCAGCCCACGCCGCUGAAGUCGGCAACGUGCGCGAAUCGUCGACGCGCGAGCUGGAUGUGCUACGAUCACAACAUGCAGACUUGUCUAGCCAACUUGACGAUCGCGUUCGACAAGAAAUCGAGUCUGCCCUGGCGCAAAAGGAUACUGAGCUGCGCCGUCUCCGUGGAGAAUUGGAGGCAGCUCGCGACAAGGUCAAGGAACUUCAGCAGCAGAUCUCCGCGUCGGUAAAUGACAAUGCACUUGUCUUCCGGGAUGAGGAUUACUUUGACGCUGCCUGCCAAAAGCUUUGCGGUCACGUUCAGCAGUGGGUGCUGCGCUUCUCAAAACACUCCGAUCACCGUCGCUGCCGAGCUCUGAGUGAGCUGCAUGACGAGAAGAUCGCUGAUCGUUUCGAUAAUGCCCUCCUCGACGGCUCUGAUGCCGAUUCCAUUCUUGCUGAUCGAGUUCGUCGACGUGACAUCUUUAUGUCCGUGGUGAUGACCAUGGUCUGGGAAUACAUUUUCACCCGAUACCUGUUUGGCAUGGAUCGGGAGCAACGACAGAAACUUAAGUCCCUUGAGAAACAAUUAGCUGAAGUUGGUCCUCGUCGCUCCGUACACCGUUGGCGCGCAACCACUUUAACUUUGCUGUCUCGUCGCCCCGCUUUCGCCUCCCAGCGUGAGAGCGACACUGAAGCCGUCGCUUUAGAAAUCUUCGGCACUCUGUCUCGCGUACUUCCACCCCCCUCCCAAGUCGAGGCACAAUUACUCGAAUCCCUGCGCAAGGUGUUGCGUGUUUCUGUCAACCUCUCCCUUGAAAUGCGCACUCAAUUGGCGGAGUUCAUCAUGCUCCCUCCGCUGCAGCCUGAAUAUGACACCAAUGGAGACCUAGCCCGUCAGGUGUUCUUUAACGCAUCACUGAUGAACGAACGCAGUGGUGAAACCAGCUCCAACGAUGAGUUGGAAUCUGAGCAGGCUGUUGUACGCAUAGUACUCUUCCCUCUUGUUGUCAAGAAGGGCAAUGAUGUUGGCGAGGGCGACGAUGAAGUUGUCGUCUGCCCUGCUCAAGUCCUCAUCGCCCGCCCUGGCAAAGACAAGAAGGUCUCUCGCAUGGUGAGUGGAGACCGGAUGUCCUUGGACCACCCGAACAAAUCUGUCCACAGUAUAGCCCCCUCCACGUUUACAAUGGACAUGGGAAGUAACCAGUUCUGA